AGUUUGGAAUAAGCAUAUUAUUUAAAGGGAAGUUCCUGUCCAUGAAAAUCCUGCAUACCAUUAGACAGGAACAAGAACUUCCUCUUUCAUAGAGGCAUAUAUAGGUUACUUCCCCAAAAUUGAUGUAAUCUGAAUACCAGGGGGAAAAGGAAAUUAAAAAAUAACAUUAUUUUUAUUUUUAAAAGAAACAUUACAAAUGGACGAAUGUAUCCAAUCGCUUUUGUCUCUUUAGAUACUGAAAUAAGGAAAUGGAAAACAAUAUAUUUUAAAAGCAUGUUACAAAUGGACGCAUAAAUCCAAUCGCUCCCUGUCUCCGGUUAUUCUAAACAUUACUUCAUGCAUAAAAACAAAAAUUCCACUUUUUAUUCAGCAUUCGUAUUGUACUGGGAAAAUACAAUAGAGAAAAUGAAUUUAAAAAAUACAAUAGAGAAAAUUAAAUUUAAAAAACAUAUAAUUGAUCAAUUAGACUUUAAUCAGCGGUACACGAGAACCAGUCGGAGGUCGAUUACGUUAUACGGAUGAAAAGGAUGCAAAUGAACUUAAUAUUUUGUUCACAAAUACCCCCCCCCCCCCAUUUAACAAAGGUCCUUAUGCAUAUGAGUGGAUGCUGUACAUGAUUAGAUAAAAGGCAGAUGAUUUGUAUUUUACAGUAAAACACACAGAGACAACACUAGAACAUUUCUGUAAAGCACCUUCCAUGGACGGCGAUUUAUCAUCAACAACAACAACAAAAAUCAUCAUGUAUAUCCGUUGUACAAUCAGAUCAGAUAAUUUGUACCCCCCCCCCUUUUUUUAAUGGAUAAAUAACUUUUCAAUCUUGCUUAUUCUGGAACUGUUUACGCGUAGAAGGAGUGUCCGUGCUUUUCCUCGGUCAAGUUCAAGUCUGUACUCCGUCAUCUUAUACAGUGUAGCAUGUAGCCAAUAACGGGGAAUAGGAACGCAUUGUUUAUAAACUCAGUAACCCUCCCCCUACACUCUAAAAUUUCAUUACGCGCCGAGUGAACUCGAAUUCCAUUAACCUGACCCAAUCCUUGUGUUUAAUCUUAAAAAAAAUAAAAAUCAAACACUGGUAGUGCAGACUUAAAUGUAGAUUUAAUGCACUCAUAAAAGAAAUAUAGAAGAGGGUUUUUGUCUGUCCACGAGACACGAUCUUGAUAUGAUAUAAUUCCCUUUCCUGUAAAUAAGCUGACGAUGUUUAUUCAGUAUAAACAAAAUUACAUACCAUAAUAUAUACCGCAUGGUACAAAGAAAAAUUAACCAUGCGUGAAAUAUUUGAACAAUCGUCAUCCGGGUACCUCGUUUCUACAGAUAUACCUGAUCUAUAUUUAGCUGUUACACGUAGAUCAUGGUCUGAUUUAACACACCUUUUAUGGAUGAGGGAUUCUCGAGAGGUGCAACGUGUACAAAUACGGAAUGUUAUAUACGAAGUGUUUUAAAUUCUACAAUUUACGUUCGAUGUGUAAUAGACAUGGUGUAAGUGACAUGAGCAUGACGUAAUCCUGAUGAAGAAGGCACUAACUAAAAUCCUUACACGGUGUUGUAAUAAAAACUCAAGCACGGAAGAAGAAAAAAAAAAAAAAAAAAACACCCGAGAAGAGAAAAUAAACCGUGUAAAUGAUUUCACUUGGAUGGUGUCGAUACUCCUUGUCUUAUUCACAGGCACCUGAAGUGUGCAUGUCUUGUAGAGUUCACUUCUUAUGUACAUAUCCCCACCUUCUAGAAUGAAAAUAUUUUUAUACAGAACAAAUAAUUUAUCCCAAAUAUAUUAUUUCCCCACCGAUCACCCUCAUAAGUUGUUCUGAAUAGUCAGUUUCAACCUUCUGUAGGCCUAAGCUGUAGAGAUGACCAAUUGUGAGAGUAAAGCUUAGGCCUGAGCUUUAGAGAUGACCACUUGUGAGAGUAAAGCUUAGGCCUACAGAAGGUUGAAACUGACUAUUCAGAACAACUUAUGAGGGUGAUCGGUGGGAAAAUAAUAUAUUUUGGAAAAAUUAUUGGUUCAUUUCAUUCUAGAAGGUGGGGUAUGUACAUAAGAACUCUACAAGACAUGCACACUUCAGGUGCCUGUGGUCUUAUUCCCGUUCCUCGAGUUAUAAGACAAUGGUUCAUAGGUGCUGUUUCCCAAACAUAAAUUUAUGGUUGAUUAAUGAAGACAAGCCAGUAAUUAUCAAGUUGGGUGAUUAUAUUUAGUUAAGACUUCCAGAAAAAGAGGUGAUGCCAUAAAAUUGCAAAAAUACUUCUAGUUUAUUAUUUAUAUGUUGGUAUGACACUGAUAUUGUCCAUAUGUAAACUUUUGUACACACCAUAUUUUGCGAAUCAUAUGUACUUAUUUCCCCAUAUGCUACAUCUACGCGCGCGCGUGUGUGUGUAUCCAGUAGCAUCAAUGGAUAUAAAAAAAUGUUGGAAAUUAUAUCGACAAAAUAUACAAUGCAUACGUUAGUGGUUGAGUCAUCUGAAUAUUUUUUAAGUUAAGGUGGUUUAUUAAAGUUCGUGGAGUCUCGAUGGGAUUUUAUGUUAAGAUACUCCUAGAUGUGUUAUUUCAUGCGUUAGAGUUGAGUGGUUUAUGUCGUGAUCUUCUUGAAUAUGUAAACAUUAACAGGUUUCUGGAUGCGUCUAGACAAUUCUACUUCUCUGAAUAAUCUCCCUUUACCCACAUAAGUACAUGUACUAUAUACAUGUAAUAGUACGUCUCUAGGUUCCAGGGCUCUAUCACGGAUUUGAUAUCGAUUUAAGUAUUCAUUAGAUAUUAUUCUUAUUAUGUAAUUGAGAUUUAGGCCCAGGGGAGAAAUGGACACACCUGUUUUUUUGUAAUAUAAUAAUUGAUACGUUUACUUCAUCAUUAUUCAGAAUAAGAAUAAAUAUAAAACCAACAAAACUUUAAAUGUAGAGGUUGUACUGACUGAUAUCAAGCUGAUUCCACGACACGGAGUCCUUUUUUACGGAGUACCGCGACUAGUGUGCCUAUAAUCGCUCUAUAUAAACACCCGAAAACGUGUUAUAUACACUGUAUGUACCGGUACGGGUGCAGUGAACGCUCGAUUAUCACAAACAUCACUGCGUGAAUUUGAGACAAUUUUAUUUAUUUAAAAAUGAUUCAGACUAGUUGAGAAACACCGGGUGAUUGACUCAGUAAGACGUGUCCAGACUCAGUAACACGUGACCAGACUCAGUAACACAUGUCCAGGCUCAGUAACACGUGUCCAGACUCAGUGACAUGUCCAGACUCAGUAACACGUGUUCAGACUUAGUGACACGUGUCCAGACUCAGUAACACGUGUCCAGGCAGUAUCAAUACAGACAAUAUCACGAAAUAUCAUCAUAUACAUAUAAGUAUUUAAAAUUCUAAACCAUUUCUAUUACUCAGGCUUAACAAUGGGAGAAAAUGACGUUUAAAAAUGCUAGAAUGCUAUUUGUUAAGGAUAACGACGUGUUGAGGGGUCAAAUCCUGGGAAUCUCUGACAUUGUAUUUUUCCUGUCUACAUUUUCAGACGAACUUUACGAAAAUUGGGAACAAAGAUGAUGAAGCCCCCGAAAGUACCUUAAUUUUAAAUAGCUAUUGCGUUUUUUUAAGUGUGUUUGUUUUGUGUCUGAUUAAGCUACACUUAUUUACAUGAAGGUACGGGUAUUUUCUUACUGCGUGAGCGGUGGGGGCUUAUCUGACCACGUCCAGAGUUUAAGAAUAUACUGCACGGCGUUGUUGUUUUUGUUUUUUGUUUUUCCAUAUUGCCGUGAAACCGUUCUACUUACAACAACAAGAAUAUGAUAUUGACUCGUACGCAUAUUAGUAUUGUGUUUAUCAUGUUAUCGUAAUAAUAAAGCAUUAAAUUAACAAAACAUGUCUAUUAUGUUUCCAAAAUAAUGGCUACCCCUAUCAGCGAUCAAUCCUCCAGAAAAUUAGAUAAUUCAUAGAAACACCUAACAAACAUUUGACUGUCAUUACAUCACCAAUGGUUCGACUAAUCGUCAUAGUUGCAAAACAUGUAUUACGUUAUAAAUGUCCUACAGUGUAGUGUGACACUAUCUAGACUAUUCCACGUGUUCUUUAUAAAAGGUAGACCAUUGAUCAGCGAAUGACAUUUAAAUCUAAACAGUUCGGGAUGGCUGACGUAGAUAAUUUAAUACUUCUGAUAUCGAGGCUACAAGGAGAAUUAGAUGAUACUAAACGUAGGCUAAAACUGGAGACUGCGGAAAAAGAAAGAGCUCUAACAAGGCUUAGUUCGAUAGCUGGAACAAAACUUACUCACAAUAACCCUGGAAUAACGGACCUCUCAGACAAAAACAGACCACAGAAAAUUGGGGAAUAUUUCAAUGAAUUGUACGACAAUGAGUGGACGGAAGCCAUUGACCAUCUGUCGGGGGGAUACGGGGAGGAGAAAGCUGCCCAGGUGCUCAGCGGUGUUCUUCAGUUUAUCGCCAAUAAGACAAAGAGGUCUGCUGACGAGCAGUAUAAGAAUUUACAACAGGCGUUAUUUCAGAGACACCUGAGGGACUCCGAGGCUGGAAACUUUAUCGUAAUAUACAAGAAAAUUAGUCAACUUCAGAAGGAGGUAUCCGCACUCUCCAUAUCGAAUGCGAAACAGUUUCUGAAGGAGGAUGCAGAAUUUGUGUCAGAAUAUAAAGACAUGCUGUGUCACUCUGGUUGUGAAGCAUUCGUGGACAGGUGUAUAGAACUGUGUUGGAUGAUGAAUAUCCAGGAUCCGCCCAUGUACUUACAGUUUGAAUCCUCUGACGUCAUUGACAGAAGCAUGUUUAGACUGUUUACCAGAAACGGAGAGCGUCUUGAGUACGUAGUGUGGCCUGCCCUUUUAUUACACGAAAACGGACCUCUUGUUCAAAAGGGCGUAGCUCAACCUGUUCCUUCCAAGUCUGCCGCUAAACAUUCGAAACCAACGGCCAGAAAUAAAAGGACGAUAAACAAGUGAAGGGCACCUGCUUUACUGCUCUCUAUUGAAAACAGUUAUGGUAGUUCUACCGGUGAUACGGGCCUAAAGAUUUAAUGACGACCUGCAUUUGUCGUUGUUACAUGUAUGUACAGUGCAAUCUAGUCAUUUUUGUGUGAAUUUGUGUACGUGAACAUGUGUACAUGUGUGUGUACACAACGACAACAGAUAGUUCCAUCUGAAGAUUUUAAGAUACCAUGUGUUCAUUUAUGCAUAACUUACCAAAUUUAGUCAUAAAAGACAAGUAUCAACUUAAA